CCAACAUGCCAGCAUUCGGCCCUCCAUACGAUACGAACAACGUGUUCGCGAAGAUCCUCCGCGGAGAGAUUCCCUCCGACAAGAUCUUCGAGACCGACGACGUCCUCGCGAUCCUCGAUGCCUUUCCAUGCACGCGGGGCCACAGCCUAUUGAUCCCAAAGGUGUCGGGGUACACUAACAUCUUGGACUUGCCGCCUCACGAAGCCGCCAAGCUGUUCCAGGAACUCCCGCGACUAGCCAAGGCCGUACAGGAGGCGGUUGGAUGCGACGGCAUCAACAUCGUCCAGAACAACGGCCGGGCGUCGGGCCAAGAAGUAUUUCACCCGCAUAUCCAUGUCAUUCCUCGGUUCCAAGGCGACAACCUGUUUCGUUUGCCGAGUCUCGCCGACCCCAUCGACCGAACCGACGCGGCCACUUUGCUGGAACUCAUCCAAGGCAAGCUUUAAGGCAAAAUAAACACUCGAAUUAGUCGCUUAAUACUCGUCGGCGGGGGGUGGUGUCGCGUGGGUGGGUGGUCGCGAUGGGAAGUGCCGUGGCAGCAUGGGACCGGUGCUGCUUUGAUCGGCCACUUCGGUUAGAAAAGGCGUAUCUAACGAGUUUAACCGGGUUUCUUGGCUGUCGAGGGCCGGCGGGGCAUCCAAAAAGCCCUGAAUGCUGUUGAUUUUGGCAAAUAGCAGGCGUA